CCUGGGUGUGUGCAGUCAGUAGAGCUGUGAGUCUGACAGAGAAUACACCAGGAACAUCUCAGCGUGAGUCCAGCUGUGCCUGUCAUCUGUCACCUACUUUGAAAACUUCUACUCUUCCUGAAACGGGCGGACAGAGAAUGGGAAACUAUCCGAGCUAGUUUCCGAAGAGGACACAGAUUCAAGGGAGAACAGUGCUAAAACUACCAGGUUGAGCCUUCGGUCACAUCAUUUACCUCCAGAGCAGGAACAGGGGCACGGUGGAGAUGCAGACCUUCCUGAAAGGCCGGAGAGUCGGCUACUGGCUCAGCGAGAAGAAGAUGAAGAAACUGAAUUUCCAGGCCUUUGCUGAUUUGUGUCGGAAAAGAGGAAUUGAAGUUGUUCAGCUGGACCUCAGCCAGCCUCUGGAGGACCAGGGUCCCCUGGACGUCAUUAUCCACAAACUGACUGACCUCAUCCUGGAGGCUGACCAGAAUGAUUCGCAGGCUGUUCUGCUGGUGCAAAGAGUACAGGACUACAUUGAUGCCCACCCAAAGACUAUUGUUUUGGACCCACUUCCAGCCAUUCGAACCCUGCUGGAUCGCUGCAAGUCCUAUCAGCUUGUCCACAGGAUAGAGAGCUGUAUGCAAGAUGAGAGAAUCUGCUCUCCUCCAUUCAUGGUCCUGAACACAGAGUGCAGCCCAGAUGUGCUGGAGCAGAUCAAGAAGCAAGGACUCACAUUCCCCUUCAUUUGCAAAACACGGGUGGCUCACGGAACCAACUCCCACGAGAUGGCCAUCAUCUUUAGUGAAGAGGACCUGAAGGAUGUGAAGCCUCCCUGUGUGAUCCAGAGCUUCAUCAACCACAAUGCAGUGCUCUACAAGGUGUUCGUGGUGGGGGACUCCUACACCGUGGUGGAGAGGCCUUCGCUGAAGAACUUCCCAGCUGGACCAGCCGACAGGAAAGCCAUUUUUUUCAACAGCCACAAUGUUUCCAAACCAGAGUCAUCCUCCGAUCUGACUUCGCGAGACAAUGUGGAGGGAGUGUCCCAGCCGCCCAGUGACGACGUGAUUAGGGAGUUGUCCAGGUCCUUGCGGCAGGCGCUGGGUGUGUCCCUGUUCGGCAUUGAUGUCAUCAUCAAUAACCAAACAGGCCAACACGCCGUCAUUGACAUCAAUGCAUUCCCUGGUUACGAGGGCGUCCCCGAGUUCUUCAACGACCUCCUGAACCACAUCAGCAGCGUUCUCCAGAGCCACACCCCCGACUUCGCCCCCGCCAGCGAGCAGCCCAAAGGCCUGCCCGUGAGCACCACGGUACCGAACACGGCCGCGCCCGCCCCGGGCUGCUGCAGCAUGCUGGGAAAGGAGGCCGGCGGCAGCCCCUGGAUCGUAGAGGGCGACGGGGGGCUCAAGGGCCCGCGACAGAGACUGGGCUGCAACUCGGCCAUGUCCCCCAACUUCCAGCAGCACUGUGUCUCCACGAUAGCUACCAAGGCUUCCUCCCAGUGACUGAUCCCCCGCCCCCAGUCCGUUUGACCAUGAACAAAACGGAUGACAACGGUGACAAUAAUAAUGAAUAAUAAUCAUAAUAAUUAUGAUGUUAAUGAUGAUAAUAUAUCUAAUCAGAAACAAACCUUUUCCUAUAUAGUUAUUGAAAUGAUGGUGAUUGGGUGUAAGCUUUUUCUCUGCCUUUUUGUAUGUUUUGUUUUGUCUAAUGAGACUUAACAGUACUGUAAUGUGAACUUUUGGGAACUUUGCCUAAAUAGCUGAUUUUAUUUUUCUCUCUUGUGUGAGUUCUCUGUAAUGAAAAGGGUCCAGAUGAGGUAGCUAAUGGGAAUGGCCAAAGCAGGACUGAAGCGAGUUGUGCCACUGAAGAUGUGCAAUGUAUGAUCCCUUGUGUUUCACUCAAGCAAAUACACACACAUACACACAUAGGUACGUUUACCGGUGGUGUGUGUUUGUAUUGUGGUCAAUACCACUGACUCCUCUGCACAAAGCAACAGGGGAGAGGAGGGGGCUGGGCAUUUAACACUACUCCGCAGAUCCCAGGCUGCUGCACGACCGUAGCCGCUGACUGCAAAGAACACAACCAACACCAAUGACAGACAUGGAUAGUUUGGGGGUUGAACAAACAGCUAAGCCAUUUACUUUUCCGAGUGCCAUCAAGUGUAGAAACCACAGAAUUAUCAUCUGUUAAAAACAAAAGUGAAUCUUGACGAUCAUGUGACCAAGUUUUGUUUUGUUUUGUUUUGUUUUUUAAUGACUGUUUUUAGGUCUUUGUGUGUCAGAUGCCUGUUAGGGUUUGUGCAGAUGUUAGGUGUUCAACAAAAACAAACCGUGUCCUUUGUGUUUGAUCCCAGUUAGAGUCGCUCCAGUUGCAGGAAAAAAAAAUGAGGAUCACAUUCCGUUUGUGUUUGUGGAUGUUUCCAGAGAAUUCCAUGAUUUUUUCAGAAUUCCAGUGGGAUCUUGUGAGUUUUCUCGCAGGUUUUAGUCUCUCCACAUGUCCUCAAUGCUUGUUUCUGUAAUGUGAGCCAACUACUCUCCUGAGGCCAACUUGACCUACGGACAGACGCGGAGCUGCUGUGUAGCUCGUCACUUUUCAUUCGAUUUGAAGCCGAUUGUGUUAAUUCGCAAUGAAUUAUUCCACUAAAUUAAGGAAAAAUGCGUGUUGGAAUACCCAUCUUACUGGGUAGUAAUCAUACUGCUAGGCACUAGAUUAGAGAAGGAUAAAUGACAGCAGUUGUAGAUAACAGAAAUGUAUUCUGCUCAGUUGAAAAGCACUUCUUACAGUAAAAGAAAUCAAACCUCAGCCUCACUGUUGAAAUCUUUGUCUUCUGUUUCAGCUGCUGUAUUUGUGUCACAUGUUUAAAAUCAUUUCGAGGGAGUGUGGGUGAGGGAGUCCAGCUCUUGUUCCCAGUGUUCACUGUGAGAUUUUUUUUUUUUUUUUUUUUUUUUUACUCCUUUUGUUAAUAUCUUUGUCCUGACAGCUACUAAGAGCAACUUUAUUUUAUUGAGAUUUUAUGGGGAAAAUGUUUUAUAUAAAUGAAAAGCACGUGAUGUUUUGAACAAACGGUGGGGAUUUACUUGAGCAACAGUAAAAUGCUGGGACUGGUUGCACAGAAAAACAAACUCAAGGUGGCGCCAAAGGGACAGAGGAGCUUGUGGGUGGUACUGGUGUCUCCCUCUGGUAUCUAGUGGGAACCAGGACCAACUUACAAACUGGUUUUCCUCUGAGCCUGCUGCUUCGUCUCUUGUCCCACAGAGCUCCUUUUAGCUGUCUGAUUUCCUCCAUCAGUAUUUGACGGACCCACUGCCCUUUUGCUUGCCUUGUGAUCAUAAAAAUCGGCAUCACUGCAGCCAUCUCACCAGCAUCUCUCUGGGACAAGAAGACUAUUGAUGCACCGAGAAAAUGUUUUGCACUCCACGCAUCAUACUGUGAGCUUACUAUCAUCCUUAGCAGUGUGUCUAGGGCUUAAAAUCUCACAGUCUGAAUGUGUGAAGAAACUGUAGGUUCACAAUGUAUCGGUGUUAAAGCGGGUUCAGAGGAAAUCCUCCCCUCCUGUGUCCUUAAUCGAGGCAGUUCUUCACUUCCACUCCGCUGUGAAGGGGAAAUGUGUGUCUCUACCCAUGUUGGAAAGGCUGGUAUCUGUGUACACCACUAUACCGUAUGUCCUACGUUGUGUACUUUUUGUGCUUCUAAAUGGGAAAUAAAUGGUUAAUCAUACCCUUAGUCAUUUCUGCAACCCAGACAGUGUCAUCAUGCUCCCAGUUUUCCACCUGAAUGUUUACUUGGGUGUCUUGUACAGUACGUGUAUAUAUGCCUAAGCUUACAUCCGUACAGUAUGUUGUUUUGUAUCGGUUCUGUAAUUGAAAGGAAUUCAAAAUUUUGUGACCUUUUCUAAUUAAAUAGCCAAAACCAACACGGCGAAAUAAACUAUGUGAAACCUUA